UUUACUUUUUUCUCUUUUGAAAUUUUAUUUUCUCGUAAAAUUGUUUUAAUAUGGGGUCUCAUCAAGAGCUUCCAAUAGUUAAUACCCCUGCUAGUCCUGCUUCGCCUCGUGCAAAGCAAUCUGUUGGCUCAAGUCGUUCGUUUUAUAGUUCUGCUUUAUCUCAGUUUACUUCUAUUCCAACAAGUCCAAAUUUCGGAUUUGGUCCUCGUUCUUUCUUAAGUACACAAAAUUAUUUAGAAAGUGGAAACCCGGCUUAUUCCGCUUCGUCUUCAAGAAUUCGUAACCAAACGUUGGCGCUAGGUGACUUGAAUAUACCAGAGUCUGAGUCUGAUAAUAAAAAAGAUGAGUCACCAAAGCAAAGUAAUUUAUCUUUGCUCUUACAACAAGAAUCAAAAACUCCAACACCACCAGAAUUACAAACAUCGAAACCACCACCAUCACUUGCCGCAGCAGGCGAAGCUGCAAUUGCCCAAUUAGAAGAAUCACGUAAUAAGAAUAAUAAUAACAUAGGGACUUCGGAUAACAUCAUAAGUCCAUCAAAAGUAAAUUAUAAUGAGUCACAACCACUACUUAAUAACCAACUUUAUCAGAAUUAUGGAAAUGCAGGCGACGAUGCUAUUUCGAUCGAUGAUGAUCCUUGGGCAGAAAAAUCUUGGUUAGAAACAUGGUUACCUUGUGUUCCAAAUAAUUAUGAAGAACAUCCAGAACCAAGAAUUCAAAUUACUUCAGAAAAUAUAUUUAAAGAAUUUGUCUUGAAUCCACUAUCAUAUAUUCCGGCUGUGAUUCUUGGAUUGCUAUUGAAUUUGUUAGAUGCUAUAUCUUAUGGUAUGAUCACGUUUCCAAUUAGCAAUCCCAUUUUUGCUGAUUUUGGACCAGAUGGAAUUUCCAUGUUCUUUGUAAGUUGUAUCGUAUCUCAGGUAAUUUAUUCUGGAGGUUUUAGUAUUUUUGGAGGAGGCAAUGGUAGUAUGAUGAUAGAAGUCGUACCAUUUCUACAUAUUAUGGCAGAAACGAUUAUACGAGCAGCGAAUCCAGAUGAAGUAAUCCCUACAACCAUAUUAUCAUUUGCUUUAAGUUCAGUUUUGACUGGGAUUGUGUUCUUAUUAAUGGGGGCAUUCAAACUUGGUUCCUUAAUUGAGUUUUUCCCCAGACAUAUUCUUGUUGGAUGUAUUGGUGGAGUUGGGUGGUUUCUUAUUGCAACUGCAAUUGAGGUUGCGGCUCGUCUUGAUGGCAACUUAUCGUAUUCAUGGGAGAUGUUCAAAAUACUUUUUCUUGACACGCAUACGUUUGCUUUAUGGGGUUCGGCACUUGGAUUGGCAGUGCUCUUAAGAUUCCUCCAUUCAAGACUCCCUCAUCCUCUUGUUGUUCCAUUCUAUUUCAUGAUUGUGCCACUUUUAUUUUAUCUUACUGUUUAUAUAUUUGGUUUUGAAUGGCAAAAUUUGAGAGAUGAGGGAUGGGUAUUUCCUUUGCCGGGAGGAAAUGUUCCGUGGUGGCAUUUCUACACAUAUUAUGAUUUCACAAAAAUAAAUUGGAAUGCCUUGAUACAAACUGUUCCCGCAAUGUUUGCUUUAACAUUCUUUGGUAUUUUGCAUGUUCCGAUUAAUGUACCUGCAUUGGGGGUUUCGUUAAAUGAAGAUAAUGUGGAUACAAAUCGUGAAUUAAUGGCUCAUGGUUUUUCAAAUAUGUUUUCUGGUCUUGUUGGCAGCGUUCAAAACUAUUUGGUGUAUACCAAUUCCGUCUUAUUCAUCAAAUCUGGUGGAGACAGUCGCGUAGCAGGAUUGAUGCUUGCUGCAGCAACCGCUAUUGUACUUUUUGUUGGACCAUGGAUCGUUGGAUACAUCCCAGUUAUGGUUGUGGGCGCACUUAUAUUCCAUUUAGGAAUUGAGUUGGUGAAAGAAGCCUUGAUAGAUGCCUGGGGGAUUGUCAACCAUCUUGAAUACAUUACGAUUGUAGCUAUUGUGAUUGCUAUGGCCGGCCUUGGAUUUAUUGAAGGAAUCUUCUUGGGUAUAAUUAUGGCUUGUGUUUUCUUCGUGGUAUCAAAUUCACGAAAGAGUGCAAUUCGAACCAAAUUUUCUGGACGUUCUAUUAAGUCCACUGUACGACGCCGAUAUCGACAACAAAAAUUCUUGAAAGAAGUCGGAAACCAAAUAUAUGUAAUUAAAUUACAAGGCUAUAUGUUUUUCGGUACAAUUAGUGGUGUCGAGCGUGCAAUUCGAAAAUUUUUAACUUAUCGUCAAUGGAAAAGAAAUCCAAUCCGCUUUUUAAUUGUCGAUUUUUCCCUUGUUAAUGGAUUGGAUUUCAGUGCAGCAGAAGCAUUUAUUAGAAUACAAAGACUUUUAUCAGCAAAAAAUGUUUAUCUUGUACUUUGUGGAGCUGAAUAUAAUUCUGAGAUUGGAAAAGCUCUAAGAUCUGUUGGAAUUUGGGGAGAUUCAUCCAAUAGCUAUUUACAAAUAUUUGAGAAUUUUAACGAGGCUUUAGAAUGGUGCGAAAAUGUAUUAUUAGAAGCAUAUUAUGGAAAAAACAUUUCCGCUCCCUUGUCUGCAAAUAAAACUGCUGGACUUCUUACUCAACCUAGGAAUCAAACACCGCCCAAAGAUAUCUUCGACAUGUAUAGUCCACGCCAGAAUCUCGUUCAAGCUGUGGGUAAUAUAAUAUUACAAGAUCAAGAAGAAAGGGUUGUAAAAUAUGCAAACAAACUUACGGCAGCUCUUAUGGAAGCAUUCCAAGAUAUUUCUGGAAAGGAAGAAGGUUUCUUUGAUCGAUUAGAGCCAUAUUUCCACGAAAUAGAAGUACCAUCGGGUGCAAUUUUAUGGCGUCAAGAUGCUGAGCCAGAUUGUUUAUACCUAGUAGAAAAAGGUAUACUCAAAGCAACAUGGAGAGCAAUGGAAGGUGAUCAAGCUAGACCGGUAGAAAGUAUUUUACCUGGUACAAUGGCGGGAGAACUUGGAUUUUUUGCGAAUAAACUUAGAGAAGCAACUUUGAUAGCUGAAGUGGAUUGUGUAUUAUGGCAAAUGAGAAGGGCCGAUUAUGAUUUAUUACUCAUGAAUGAACCUAAGAUAGCAAAUGAAUUUAUGCGUUUAGCUUUGAAUUUUUCUGCUGAAAGAUUACAUGCAAUGACAUAUUACGCUUUUCUUUUGGCUUAAUUUUAAGAACCAAAAGCAUAUAGAUGAACUUAAUACCAUCUUCUCUAAAAUGUUCUAUAGAUCGAAAUAUUAGUAAUAUUUAUUAGUGAAAAAUAGAAGAUAAAAACUAGACUUCUAAAUCAUUACGAAAACAUUCUUUCCUACUAUCCUCUUCAAAAAAAAACAAUUUUAUAUUCUUUUAAAAAAAAUUUUUACAUUGUAAAUUUUUGAAAAACAAAUUAUUUUACUACAUAUAAUAUAAUAAUAAAACUAUCAUUUGAAUUUGUCACUACACGCGGUAAAGAAUUUAUGGAAAAA